GAUUUCCCCCCUAUAUUUACUGCAGCACAGCUUUUGGGGGGAGGGGGUGAAAAUAAAAUACAAAUGGCUACCACCUUGCAUAAGUUAUUUCGAGUUCAUAAUCGCAUCCUAACAUAUCAACCUCAGUCUGUUAACAGUAAUGUUCUUAGAUUUAUUUCUCUGACAAGACAAAAUGCUGACAGUGAAGACCCCAAUGACCCAAAGGUUGCUGAAAUGUUGAAAAAACCACACCCAGAAACCAUUACUAAACAUCAUCCAGAUUUGUUGUCUCCUGAACCAGUCAAAGGAAAAAUUUUUGAAAAGUUACCCAUAAGACUUGAGCUAGAAGCUGGCAAGAAAUAUACAUUUUGCACCUGUGGUUACAGCAAAACUCAGCCAUUCUGUGAUACAUCUCACAAAGCUCCAAAUUUUAUGUCAACUCGUCCACAUCACAUAAGAUAUCGUCCUAUGUCUUUCGAGGUGACUGAAACAAAGGAAUACUGGCUUUGCAUGUGUAAGCAAUCUAAUAAGCGUCCUUUUUGUGAUGGAACACACAAACGACAGGAUAUUCAAGAUGCUGUGAAAUCAUAAUGUUGAAAUAUUGUAUUCAGUCAGAACUUUUAUUUUAACUGUUAAUAUUAUGUUAUAGUUAUACAUUUGAUUUGUGAACAAAGUACCUACAUACAUGCAAAAUUGAAAUAAUCCUUGUUUAAAAAUUAUAACUACAUUUUUGUCCCUUUCUAAGAAAAUUGAACAAUAUUUCCUUUGAUUAAUUUUUUUUCCCUUUACAUAUUUCUUUUACAUCGUUGAAACAUCUUUUAAAUUUAGAACCUUCAACCAAAUUUGUUUGCUUAAUGGAUAAGUUGUUAAUCCUCUUGGCAUCAUUGAAACAUUUUAUGACGUACUACAGAGCAUUGUAAUGAAAAUGUUGCUUUGAUGACUGACAAUUAAUAACUGCCUGUCUAAUUCUGGAAAGUAAUAAUUAAUUUAUGAAAAUAUUAUUUCAUAAUCCUAACUUUUAAAUGUGUGUGAAGGUGGAGCCUGGUAUUUCUCUAUGCCAAUAAAUUUGUUAUAACGCAAAAAUUAAAUGCAGUGCUGACAGAUUUUCAUAAGAAUUUUCAGUCUGCUUGUAUCAGUGACAUGAGAUGGUAAUCAAUACAUCAUUAUAAUUGAUUGCAUCAAUUUGAUCUGGGUAGUUAGCUUUGUAUAAUUUGUAAAUAUUCCAACAAAUUUAAUUGAUUAUGAUUUUAGUGUAUACCAAAAAACCAUGGUGCUUUGCCUUAAUGAUGAGUGGCAUUUCUAUGUUAAUUGUUUUCUUUGAGCAUUUUUGAAAAUAUAAAAUAUCCCCAAAAAUGUU